UGUGCAUGUGUGUGCGCGCGCACAAUCAUGGUCGUGAGGCAAGGGUUUUUGUCCGGCGGAAGGCAGCGUUGUGUUCUUCAGAGGGCUCGCGCAAGCCGUAGGAGCAGCAGUAGCAAAAAGAACGUGAUUUAAAACAAUUUGAGUGCAGCCACCCGAUUGCUACCGCCUGUCCCUGCUUCCACACACAGACCUCUCAACAUCAUUACAUCUGCGCUGAUUAUAUAAAUCGCAGCAUGGAGGACCAGCUACUGUGCUGCGAGGUGGACUCCAUCAGGAGAGCCUACCAGGACGUCAACCUGCUCAACGAUCGGGUUCUCCAGACCAUGCUGAAGGCAGAGGAAACUUACCUACCGUCUCCAAACUACUUCAAGUGUGUUCAGAAAGAUAUUAUUCCUAAAAUGCGGAAAAUAGUUUCCACAUGGAUGUUAGAGGUCUGCGAAGAACAGAAAUGCGAGGAGGAGGUUUUCCCCCUAGCUAUGAACUAUUUGGACAGAUUUUUAUCAGUGGAGGGCACCAGGAAAACCCGACUACAGCUGCUGGGAGCCACAUGCAUGUUUCUAGCAUCUAAGAUGAAGGAGACCGUUCCCUUAACAGCAGAGAAACUCUGUAUCUACACAGACAACUCCAUUCAGCCUGGAGAACUACUGCAAAUGGAACUGCUGGUUCUCAACAAGCUGAAGUGGGAUCUGGCUUCAGUCACACCCCACGACUUCAUUGAGCACUUCCUGUCAAAGCUGAAGAUCUACCCGUCCACCAAGCAGAUCCUGAGGAAGCAUGCCCAGACCUUUGUUGCUCUCUGUGCUACAGAUGUUAACUUCAUUGCCAGUCCUCCAUCAAUGGUGGCAGCGGGAAGUGUGGUUGCAGCUGUUCAAGGUCUCUACCUGAAGAGUCAAGAUGCCUCCUUGUCCUCCCAAAACCUCACCAACUUCCUGUCGCAAGUCAUUCGCAGUGACCCGGACUGCCUACGUUCAUGUCAGGAGCAGAUAGAGUCUUUGCUAGAGUUGAGCCUGCGGCAGGCUCAGCAACAUAGCAGCACAACAGAAACCAAACUAAUGGACGACGACGUGGACCUGUCCUGCACUCCAACAGACGUCAGAGACAUAAACAUCUGAAUUAUCAACAGCUGCGUUGCACGAUGACCUGAUGAUCAUCAGUUAUGGAUAGAGGUUGUUGAAGAGACUGCUGAGGAGAGGGGUGUGCCCUAGUUUAAAUCAGCCCCUCAUGCCUCUUCAACCUGUUGGUCUACUAUCCUAUCCAACAUGUCACGCCAUCUGCUAUGACUGCCAAAAAGGGACAGAGCGCCCUCUGCAGGCCCUGCAGUAAACCCCACGUUACAUUUCCUGCUAGUGUCCCCUCCCAUCCUUGGAAAUGAACUGAACACUAGACAAGUGCCAGGAGAAAAACUAUGAAUAUUGAUGACCUGUGUGGGCUGGAAGUGAAGCCACAAAAACACACUUUUACUUGUUGUUUUAUUCUUGUUUACUAAAAUGUUAAAAUAGGAAUGAUACAAUUACAGCAGACUCAACUUGCCUACUAAAACAUCACAAAGUGUCAAGAAAGUAGGUCUUUGUAGUUUGUCUUCAGGUCUUCAUCUGAAAUCUGACAUGUACUAUAGAGAAUAGGCCUUCUUUUCAUAUCUUUGUUGUACCUAGAAUGUUUUAGACUUCCUGUUUAAGCUCGUCUUUUUUUGUCUUGUUGCCGUGUAGACAGUCAUAUACCCCUGAUUGCUUAUGUUUAGUCACUUUAUUAUAUAUCCUUUUGACACUUCUAUCAAUUAGUCUUAUACCUCUUCCAAACUUUUUUUUUUUUUAAACCAAGUCUAGUGUGAGAAGCUCUGUUUUACCACCCUGUGGACUGUGGACUGCUGAGGUUAAGGUGUGUACAAAUGGAAUUCUGUGUUCAUUUGUUGGUUCUGUGUUCAUUUGUUGGUUGCACUUAAACCAUUUCACCUCACUACAAACAAGAUCAAGUAGAUGCACACAAAAGCAGAGCAAUCCACAUCUAGUUAUAUUGUCUUUGUCUGAUUAGUUUUUAAAGCACUUUUGGUCAGCACUGCUGGCUUGUCUAAAAAGAUCACCGUGAUAAAGUUUGUGAAACAGCAUGAAAAUGGAAUGGGGCUUUGACCAGUUGUUACAAGCGUACAAAUGAUUCAUUCACAAAAAAAUGUUUAAAACAAGACUGAAUACUCCUGGACACUGAUUUACGUUUCGUACAGUCAGUGGAUCACUUAACAUGCCUUUUAAAUCUCAGGUUGGAGUUUUUGUCCAACAAAUAUUUCACACAGGCAGAGCCUCACCUGCAUUUUAAGAAAUAUCAUUGUUAGGUGAUCUUCGGUGUGCAGAGCCAAAGGCUCACAGAAGCUAAUGUAAGAGUUAAAAUAAUACUUUUCUUUUUUUUUAAAGCUUGGAUUUUCAAGUUUGCUAGCCAGGCUUCACCUACUGACAUUUAACUCAAGAGCAGCUUUGCCAUCAAUGCUUAUAAACCUAAAACUCCACUCUGCCUCUAAAUUGCCAAGGGAGCAUCUCCUCCAUUGUUCAAGCUCUGUUCAAAUACUGCACAUGGAUUCUUGGAUGCAGAUGAAGCUUAAAAGAAAGGGUGAGAGUUGAAACUAUUGAUGUGAUUUUGCACAAACCUAAUAGACAUGGGCUGCAUUUUUUGGGGACCUGCUUAAAAAGAUGAGCAAACUUGACAAGAGUACCAAGGGGUGAGACAACAAAGAGCAACAAGGAUUAUGGCUCAACAGUGAGGUGUGUCCUAACUCUGUCAAGUCAGGGUUCCUACACAGGACUUAAUUUUGAUUGUGUCAAACUGUGUAGGAACCCUGUGAAUUAGUUUUCUGAUUGUACAUUAAGGAUAGAGAAUAGGAGAGAAACACUCCCUGUAUUCUGCUGCUAUAGGAAAUAAAUUCCAGCUACAUGUUAAAAAAAAAUGUUAUGGAUUUAAAUCAAUGCUUUCUCAUGUUUGCUGCUACAUUUGUACACAUAAAUGUCAAUAUUCUGCCAUUCUAGUUUGGAAUUUUCGAAUAGAAAAAUGUGUUAUUUACAUCCUCAGCUUUUAUGUAGAUUAUAUGUGAUACAUUUUUGGUUUUUCUAAUAAUGUAAUAUGAUUCUCCAUACUAUUCCAAAAAACAAGGAAAAACUAGACAAUGUACUGAAAUGCUUUGAUCCACAAUACCUCAAGUGACAGUCAAGAUAUAUCUCUAAUUUAGGUAUUUGUAUUUGUUUAGCUCUUAUUCUAUUCUACUUGUUGGUUCAGUACCUACUUGCUCUGUUAAAUCUGUUUGAGGUGAAACAUCCAUGAAGGAAACCCACAAUGCCAUGGCAUUCUUUGAUGCUGGUGCCAUAACAGUAAAUGGGAUAUGUAUAACUCUGUUGAGUGUGAAGCUGUCUCGGUGAAAGAGACUGUAUCCCCCUUUAGGCACAUAGUUGCCUUCGUUCCUCCCCCUUUUUUAUAUUUAUGAAAGAAAAAAAAGCUUUUUGUUUCAUGUUUCAAACUUUUGGUUAAGUGAUUUGAGUAUAUAAAUAGAUUCAGUGUCUUGCUCAGUAAGCCAUAGACUUUUUUUUGUUUUGUUUUUACAAAUCAUUCCUCACAGUCGUUUACUUCAUGCCAGUUGUCUUCAGCUUGAACAGUGUGUUAUUUGCGUCGACUAUACAAUAAAACAUGUUGUAGAUGGA